CAAAUAUAAUCGACAAAAAUAGUGCCAAUAAUAGAGAGUUAAGUGAAAACAAGUUAUACUUAAGUAGUGAUGGUUUAGUUGUUAAAGAAAAGUGGACUUCAAUGAACACCAAUGACUUUAAAUUAGAUACACUUCUAAGUCAAACAUUAAACUCUAGACGGGAACGGUAUACUCACACCACAUCCAAUGGCUUAAACAUGAGUUGGCCCGUCAAACGUGUGGCCGAAUUGGACGGCUCUAUCAUUUUAGGCGCACUAAUGAUGAUUCACGAGAGAGAAGAUCGUCAAAUAUGUGGUCCUAUUAUGCCUCAGGGAGGCAUACAAGCACUUGAAUGCAUGCUUUAUACCAUUGAUUGGAUUAACUCGAGAGAUGAUAUCCUGCCUGACAUUACAAUUGGCGCUUAUGUUUUGGACGAUUGCGAUAAAGACACGUAUGGUUUGGAGCAGUCCGUCGACUUUAUCAAAGGUUCAAUCAAUAGUUUGGACGAUACUUAUCAAUGUCCGGACGGAACUAAUCCAACUAUUCGUCAGAAAAAGAUAUCGGGAGUAUUGGGCGCCGCCUCCAGUGCCACAUCAAUACAAGUGGCAAAUCUAUUGAGAUUAUUUAGGAUACCACAGGUAUCUUUCUUCUCGACGAGUAGUGAGUUGAGUAACAAACAGAGGUUUGAAUACUUUCUCCGUACGGUUCCGAGCGAUAAGAGUCAGGCGAGUGCUAUGAUUGAGAUCGUCAAACAACUCAACUGGACUUACGUUUCCAUCAUUUAUGAAGAAUCCAUUUAUGGCAUCAGAGCUUUUAAUGAUUUGGAGGAACUUUUGGAGCAAAACAACAUUUGUAUCGCUAUUAAGGAAAGGCUAACUAAAGACUCUGGAGUAGCUCUGGACGACGCUUACGAUAAUAUCGUCAAAAAACUGAUAUCCAAACAAAAUGCUAGAGGUGUAAUAGUGUUUGGAUCAGAUCAAGAGGUAGCGAUGCUUAUGAAGGCAAUCAAGAGGAAUAACGCCACCGGACUGUUCACAUGGAUUGGUAGCGAUGGUUGGAGCGCCCGUUCGUUAGUAUUUGCCGGAAAUGAGCUUCAGGUGGAGGGAACCCUAUCAGUCCAGCCCUCAGCCAAUCCAGUGCCAGGAUUUGAUGAGUAUUUCUUGAGUUUGACACCGAAAACUAAUUGGCGAAACCCGUGGUUUAUUGAGUAUUGGGAACACUAUUUCAAUUGCAAAUGGACUGACAGUACUGUUACGCCAUACAACUUGAACUAUAAGAAGAUUUGUACCGGAGAUGAAAGGAUGAGUUAUGAUAACGGGUACGAACCCGAAGGUCAGUUGCAAUUUGUCAGCGACGCUGUCCUCGCAUUUGCCUACGCUCUCAAAGACAUGCAUCAAGAGUUGUGUCCAUCCGGUUAUCGAGGGGUCUGUCCUAAAAUGAGAGAUAGCGAUGGUAGUGUGCUUCUACAUUUUAUUAAGAAUGUCCACUUUAAAGGUUUAGCAAAUUAUGCGUUCAAUUUUGCGGACAAUGGUGACGGUCCGGCCCGGUAUCGGAUAAUUCAUUACAAACAAUUAUCGGAGGGAGAGUUUGGAUGGAUUCAAGUGGGAGAGUAUAACGACGGCACACUUGCCCUCAAUUUAAGUGAAAUUCAAUUUCAUUUGAAUGAUCUAUCGGUGCCCUCAUCUGUGUGCAGUCAGCCCUGUGAGAAGGGUCAGGUGAAGGCGCACAUUGAGGGAGAAAAAUGUUGCUUUCAUUGCCUCAAUUGUACCAAAUAUCAAGUGCUUAUAUCGGACACUCAGUGUAUUGACUGUCCGGAUGGUUAUUUACCCGAUGCCGACAAAAUAACUUGUGAGCCCAUACCUGAAGAAUAUAUGCGACCGGAUAGCAUGUGGUCAAUCAGUGCCUUACUAUUUUCAUGGACCGGCAUUUUUCUCACAUUAUUUGUGAUAUUUGUAUUUAUCAAAUACAACGACACUCCUGUAGUCCGAGCGUCGGGACGUGAGCUCUGUUUUGUACUGUUGGCGGGUAUUCUCAUGUGUUAUGGUAUGACAUUUCUUUUGGUGCAAAAGCCCUCCAACUUCUUGUGCGGCACACAGAAGGCCGGUAUUGGCUUUUGUUUUUCUGUUGUCUACAGCGCUAUCCUAACCAAAACAAACCGAAUCUCCCGUAUCUUCAAAGCUGGCAAACAAUCUGCACGAAGACCAGGACUUAUUAGUCCAAAAUCUCAACUUUUAAUUUGUGGCGGACUUUCAAUAAUACAGAUUUUUAUAGUAGUCAUAUGGUUGGCAUUUUCACCUCCCAGAGCUAUACAUUUUUACCCAACACGAGAGGAUAACCAAUUGGUUUGUGAAGCCUCCAUAAAUGCCGGAUAUUUUGUCGCAUUUCUUUAUCCCAUAUUUCUUAUUGUUGUUUGCACCGUUUAUGCGGUAUUGACACGAAAAAUCCCGGAAGCCUUCAAUGAGUCCAAAUAUAUAGGCUUUACAAUGUAUACGACAUGUAUCAUAUGGUUGGCCUUUAUUCCCAUAUACUUCACGAGCUCACAGAGCAAUCACAUCGCUCUGAAUUUGACGACUAUGUCAGUGUCGAUAUCCCUGAGCGCCACCGUAACACUGCUCUGUCUUUUCACACCAAAAAUUUAUAUCAUUAUUCUUCAUCCGGAGAAAAAUGUCAGGCAAUCAAUGAUGCCGUACAACAAAUACGGGACUCUCAAGAAUAACACACCGAUGACGGCCACCGCUACUUUGGCCACCACUUCAUCCAUACGGGUCGAGUCCGCCACACAGUCUGAUGAGUAUGAGAUGACUGAUAAACUUCGUCCGGUAAACAAUUUUAUCGGCGGCGGUGUUGUUAAUAGUAAAGUCAGUGUCGGCACACAAACCAAUGGUAACGGAUGUCUGGGUUCAACCAAUAUUGAGUUAGUCAUUAACAACUGGGACAACAAAGACAUACAGUUAUAGUAAUAUAUAAUAAAUACAAUUAUUA